UUUUCAUAUAAACAUUUUUAGUCGUUGGGCAUAUUAAUACAAUAGCAUAGGCCUCCCAUUAGAUAUUGCAUUAAGCUAAAAUAAUUCAUUAUGUCACUUUGCCACAGAUGUGCACUAACACAAUAUAUCCAUAGACGUAUGAGUGGCAGUGUAAGUAGCAUUUCCCGCGGAAAGUCGAUGAUUAGAUAGGAUUAGUGUUAAAGUCUGAACUGCAGCUCUGCUAAGGCUGCGGAUUGCAGAGUAUCAGAGAGGAGAACACCUUGCCCUGAUCAUCUGACGGCAGACGGCUCCUCCCCGCUCCCUCCAGUCUGCUAUGCAAGGCAACGGCUAGGGCACAACUCUAUCCGCGUUUCAAUAGCCUACACCGGCUCGCCUGUGUGAGCCAGAGACGGAGUCGAGUUAUCCACUUUGAAUAAUCAAGGACUCCGUUCCCCCAUCUGGUGUCUGCUUUCAGAUGAAUCAGUGAUGAGAGUGGCCAAGAGGAGAGACCGAAGCUUUUCUUCUAUGUGGACCGGCGGUGCGCAGAAGUGCGCUCCAUGCUUCAGCAUCACCAUCAUCAUCCUCCGCUCCUGAGAUCAAAUCAAACCCAAGAGGCGCGCUGAGAUCCUCACCGAACCCCCCGCGCGAGCAGCAGCCCCAUCCUGUCCCAUGGCUAAAAGUGGGCUUUAAUUGAUGUGCUGUGGACUGCCGAUGAUUCCUCCACCUCCUCCAGUUCAAAUUCAAUGGCAGACAAAGACUGCACUUCCCACUGCUCUUGUUACCCCUGAGCUCACUGAGACAGAUCUGGUCCACACCUAAACAACUGUCUGCUAUAUUCGCUUCCGUCUCUGCUCAUUUCCGAUUCUUCAGUCCAUCACCAUGGCUUGUUUUCUGGCAUCAGCCUUUCUUCUGGUUCUCCAGACAUAUGCUGCCCCACCUGAGUUUGUCCAACCAGGAUUUGACAUCACACUGGACCCCAUGGAUCUUGAUUCUGGACUACCAUCUAAUGUCUCUGGAGACGUGCCCUCAUCUCCUCCCCCAGGAACUAGUAAAAGAGCUCCACAUAGUAUCAUUAUUGGGGUACGCAAAGGGGGCACAAGAGCACUGUUGGAGAUGCUAGACAUACAUCCUGAGGUUGCUGCUGCUGCCACCGAGGUGCACUUCUUUGACUGGGACGAGAACUAUGCCAAGGGCUUUGAGUGGUACCGUGAGUUGAUGCCCUACUCUUAUCCACACCAGAUCACAGUGGAGAAAACUCCUGGCUACUUCACGUCAGCCCUCGCACCAGAACGCAUCUGUGCCAUGAACUCUUCCAUAAAGCUGCUAUUGAUCCUGCGAGACCCGGCAGAGCGGGUCAUCUCUGACUACACCCAGGUGUACUUCAACCGGCUGGAGAACCACAAGCCGGUGCAAGCCAUUGAGAACCUGCUAGUGCGCAACGGAGCCCUAAAUAUCCGGUACAAGGCCAUUCAGAGGAGCCUCUAUGACAUCCACAUGCGCAACUGGCUGCGUCACUUCCCCCUGGAACAAAUACACAUCGUAGAUGGGGACGCUCUGAUCCACGACCCCCUGCCAGAGCUUCAGAAGGUGGAGCGCUUCCUUAACUUGCCCCCCAGGAUAGUGUCCUCCAACUUCUACUUCAACCAGACCAAGGGCUUUUACUGCAUCCGAAGUGACGGUCGAGAGCGAUGUCUGCAUGAGUCUAAGGGACGUCCUCACCCAGCCGUCAACAGCACCGUCCUCCAACAGCUCCGCUCCUACCUACAGGAACACAACCGAACCUUCUUCAGGCUGGUGAAGCGCACCUUCGACUGGCAAUAAGAAACCCUGAUUACAAAUCGGACUCAAAGGAGCCGCCACCUUGUCUGUGAUGAGGACAAAAGGGGAGCAUAAAGCACUUUACAGAACUGACACUCAGCGCCCCUUUGAAUAGCCUCUUUAUAACUACUGUUGUGAUCUCUGGUGUCCACAGGGCAGUUAUAUUUACACGAUAAGGCAAAAAAAAAUAUGAGAAACUGUAACUAGAGGUGUAAAAUUAAAUGGAAGAAUCUCCAAGCUUAAUAAAUCAUUUUCUCUGUGCUGGAAGCGUUUAAGUGAUCAAAUUGCAGCGAAAACAAGUUUAUGAAACCGAUGAACUUUUUUUCCUCUCUCUUGUUUGAUAUUCUUGGUCUUGAUAAUAAAUUGUUCUGCUUUCAAAUGUAACACAAAAA